AUGUCAUCGCAUUAUAAGUUGACUCUCUGUGACCUUAUAUUUGUUCAUUGGAUGUUGGGGCUUAUUCAAUCAGAAGUAGCUGUGAGAUUGACAUAUUUUUUGAAUUCUACUUCACCUCCAGUCCGGAUUCUAAGCAACAACAAUGUCUUAACAUAUUCAAGGCUAAAAUCUUUGGAUGGAACUGUAUCAAACUAUCCUAUUAUGGUUGAUGUUAUCGCUGUAGAUUCAUAUCAGUCAACAUGUGGAUUGCAAUGCCCAGACUCAUCAACUACUUCCAUUGAGUCAUCGGCUAAUGUAUUUUCUUUACAACAAAUAGCUCAGGAUACUUGUGACUCGAUUAUGAUGAUUGAGAAAGGAAAGAUUGAAGAAGACGUGAUAUUAGUAUCUCAAGCAGAUGCUAGAGAAGUAGUUGAGGGAAAAAUUUUCUGCAACAAGGAAAUACUAAAAAUGAGCUUGGUCUUCUAUGUCAUACAAAAUAAGUUUGAAUAUAAGGUGUUGAGAUCGGACAAGAAGGAGUAUGUAAUAAAGUGUUCACAUAACGAUUGCAAGUGGAUAUUUAGAUCGUCACGCUUGAGAAAAACAAAAAUGUUUAAAAUCAAGAAAAUGUGUAAUGGUCACACAUGCUCUAUGAACAUUGUCUUAAGAUCUUAUCGACAAGCAUCUAGCUCAAUUGUGUCCAACUGCAUCAAGUAUAAAUACACUUAUUCACGUACAAUCUACACCCAUAAUGACAUGUUAAAUAAAUAUGGAGUAUCGGUGAACUACAUGAAGGCGUGGAGGUCACGUGAAAAGACAUUAAAAUUGAUUAUAGGUGAUCCGACGACAUCAUUUCAAUCGCUAUCUUCUUAUUUCUUUAUGUUAGAACAAAUAAACAUAGGGACAGUCACAAGAAUAGAAACAGAUCAUUUAGAUAGAUAUAAAUAUUAUUUUAUGGCUUUGGGUCCAUUAAUCGUCGGUUGGAAAUAUUGUAGGCCAGUCAUUAUAGUUGAUGCCACAUAUUUAAAUGGUCACUAUGAAGGUACACUCUUCACAGCUUGUACACAAAAUGCAAACAACAAUAUUUUCAUACUAACUUUUGGGAUUGGAGACAACGAAAAUGAUAAUUCAUAG